AGCGCGCGCGCGCGCGCUCCCGGAAACAAUCCUACCUCUCCCGCCGGGCCGCGGGGCAGACGCUCUGUGUCGUUUCCAAGAUGGCUGCCUCCUGCGGGCUCGUGCGUGCCUGGAGGCGGCUGAGUCUAGGGGUCCCGCCGCGCAGGGCAUUGUGGGGCGGCAUGAGGAAGAAGGUGAGAGAACCAGAGGUGGUUGAAACAGCUGUUCUAGAACCACCCAUCCUGGUCUGUCCCCCACCACGCAGUAGGAAGUACCUUCCCCCAGAGGAUCUCCAGAGUCGUCUUGAGUCUCAUGUCAGGGAAAUCUUUGGACCCUCACUCUCUGAGGACUGGCAGAAGGCCUCACUAAAAGAAAGCAAGUUAAAGUAUCGCCUGCUGGCGCAACUGGCUGCAGAACUAGGCCAUACGGUCCCCAAUUCACGACUCCACCAAAUGUGCACUGCUGGGGAUGUCUUAGCUUUCUACAGCACGCAGGUCAAAGAUGCCUCAAAAUUUGAUGAGCUAUGCACUGCAGAGCUACCCUCAAACCUAAAGAUUAUGUGGGAACACUGAGUCAUGCCAGUCUGGGAUGAUGUCUAGGUGAGAUUCAUCAUGGUGAUGUCUACACAUCAUAUAUGCCAUUGGGAGUUCAUUUAAAUGUCUUCAGAUUUCAAGGACACUGCUUACUGCUUAAAAAAUAAAAAAAAGCAGCUUUUGUUAUGAUGCAACAGUGACAGCUGGUCAGUAAAGAGAACAUUUGUAUCCCAUCUAUUCCGGGCCAUACUCCUUAUUUAAGGGUACAACAACACUGCAAAAACAAACAAAACUAGCAGAUAGUUUCAGAGACUGGGUCAACUGGCUUAGACUCAGGGCUGCAUGUCUCUCUUGCUGUGUUGACACACCCUACGAGGAAUAACUCAAAACAACCAUUGUCUUAACAUUUUCAGGUAUCACCAAGAUUCAGUAUUACAUUUCCUAGUUAAGGGCUCCCACCAUAUGCUAGGAAACUGAGUUCUGGUCCCUUCGGCGGUUGCUUAUUACAGUUUUCUCUCUAUUCAGAAGUUUUCCUUACCACAGUGUAAGUGUGUCUCCAAUAGUUAGCAGGGGUAGACAGUGGUGGUGAUUUGAUGUACAUACCCAUCAAUGACAUGAAACAAAAAUGGAAACAUUUUGUAAGGAAAUGUAAAAUAAAUGACAAGGUGUGGAAAUGUA